UCCGUCUGGUGAAGAGAAGGACCACAGCAUGGUGUUGUUCCAGUCGCCUGGUGUGGCUUGCUGAGGGAGAAGGCAGAGGUCCGCCUGUAUAAUCCGAUUUCAUCAACUCACACUAAUCACUACUGAUAGUAGCAAAAUUUAGCCUGGAUCUGCUUGGUUAAUCUAGAUUGACAGGAGGUAAAAGAAAAGGGACGCAAGGACACAGAAACAAAGGGAGGCGAGCCAACACUGAUUUCCAGCCUUGCUCUUCCAUCUGGGGCUUCUAAAUUGUUCCCCCCCGGGGCUUCUAUUUUUCUUACCUUAUAAACAAAUGUUGCUGGUUGUUAGGAGACCAGCCUUUGCACGGAGCAGUUUUAGCCACAACAGGUGCACUGUGAGUCUCCGGGACCGCGGAGAGAGCAGUUCCUCCGUGAGGCUGCGCAGAAGGUACUUACAGGUACACAUUGUACCUGAGACUAUGUAUUAUUUAUUGAAACUGAGCUCUGCAUUCUCUUUCUCCUCUGGGCAGCCCUGGAGCCGGGCGCCUCCUAAAAUGGAUGCCACCAGCAGCUAACCUUGCAAGGUCUCCUAAGUGCUUACUUUCACUCUUUCCCUUGCUAGUGAUUGCAAGCCCUCGCCGGCAGGCUUUCCAUUUAAGCUUGGGGAGCAACCGGGAAUUGCACUUCAGCAGCCGAGGGAGGAAUUCCUCUGUGAUUUUGGACUUUUCCACAUGGAUUCAGGUGUUAUUUUUUUAAGGAAGUAGCCCACUGCGGAUUUUUGCGGCUGUAGAGAAGAUACACAUGUUGCGGCUCCCGCCUCCACAUACGGAGUGAUUAAAGUAGUGAUCUGUUAUGUGUGUGUUCACAUGCUUAGUCCUGAGAAGAAGAAUGGGUUACCUGAAGGUCAUCUUCGUGGUUACUUAUGACAUCCGUGUCUGGCAAACCAGGCAACUUUUUGCAUUUGGGUGACGAAGACAUUUGGAAUAUACUCCGUUGGAUUUUCCAUGUUGGUGAAACUGUUUUUGGCCACCUCCAUACUGCAGGUUGCCAUGCUAAAACCACCUAAGGGUAAAAAUGUCUCCUGGGGUUCGGCAGACUCCUACACCAGCCGUCCGUCCGACUCAGAUGUUUCUUUGGAGGAAGAUCGGGAGGCGGUACGCAGGGAAGCAGAGCGACAGGCCCAGGCCCAGUUGGAAAAAGCAAAGACAAAGCCCGUUGCAUUUGCUGUUCGGACAAAUGUCAGCUAUAGUGCAGCCCACGAAGAUGAUGUUCCAGUGCCAGGCAUGGCCAUCUCCUUCGAAGCAAAAGAUUUUCUGCAUGUUAAGGAAAAAUUUAACAAUGACUGGUGGAUAGGGCGAUUGGUUAAAGAAGGCUGUGAAAUCGGAUUCAUUCCAAGCCCAGUCAAACUAGAAAAUAUGAGACUACAGCAUGAACAGAGAGCCAAGCAAGGGAAAUUCUACUCCAGUAAAUCAGGAGGAAAUUCAUCAUCCAGUUUGGGUGACAUAGUACCUAGUUCCAGAAAAUCUACACCUCCAUCGUCCGCUAUAGACAUAGAUGCUACUGGCUUAGAUGCAGAAGAAAAUGAUAUUCCAGCAAACCACCGCUCCCCCAAACCCAGUGCAAACAGUGUAACGUCACCCCACUCCAAAGAGAAAAGAAUGCCCUUCUUUAAGAAGACAGAGCACACUCCUCCUUAUGACGUGGUACCUUCCAUGCGACCCGUGGUCUUGGUGGGCCCAUCUCUGAAGGGCUAUGAGGUCACAGAUAUGAUGCAAAAAGCAUUGUUUGAUUUUUUAAAACACAGAUUUGAAGGGCGGAUAUCCAUCACAAGGGUCACGGCUGACAUCUCGCUCGCCAAGCGCUCAGUGUUAAACAAUCCCAGCAAGCAUGCAAUAAUAGAAAGAUCUAACACAAGGUCAAGCUUAGCGGAAGUUCAGAGUGAAAUCGAAAGGAUUUUUGAACUUGCAAGAACAUUGCAACUGGUAGUCCUUGACGCAGAUACUAUUAAUCAUCCAGCUCAACUUAGUAAAACUUCCUUGGCCCCCAUUAUAGUAUACGUAAAGAUUUCUUCUCCUAAGGUUUUACAAAGGUUAAUAAAAUCUCGGGGGAAAUCUCAAGCCAAACACCUCAAUGUCCAGAUGGUAGCAGCAGACAAACUGGCUCAGUGUCCUCCGGAGCUGUUUGACGUGAUCCUGGACGAGAACCAGCUGGAGGAUGCUUGUGAGCACCUUGCCGACUAUCUGGAGGCCUACUGGAAGGCCACCCACCCCCCCAGCAGCCAUCUCCCCAACCCUCUCCUUAGCCGGACUUUAGCUACUUCGACUCUGCCUACUAGCCCCACUCAAGCCUCUAAUUCACAGGGUUCUCAAGGAGAUCCGAGGACUGCGCGCUCUGCUCCUGCCCGUUCCGCCUCCCAAGCUGAAGAAGAGCCCUGCCUGGAACCCGUCAAGAAACCCCACCACCGUUCUUCGUCCUCCGCCCAGCACCACGGCCAUCGUGGUGGCACGAGUCGAGGCCUCUCCAGGCAGGAGACGUUUGACUCGGAAACCCAGGAGAGUCGAGACUCCGCCUACGUGGAGCCGAAGGAAGACUACCCCCCCGAACACGGGGACCGCUGCGCCCCACACCGCGACCACAACCACAGAGAGGAGCCCCACGGGAGCAGCGAGCACAGACACAGGGAAGCCCGACACCGUGCCGGGGACCCGGAUCGAGAGCAGGACCACGGCGAGUGCAACAAACAGCGCGGCCGGCAUAAAUCCAAGGACCGCUCCUGUGACAAGGAUGGAGAAGGCAGAGCCCGGAAGCGGAACGAGGCUGGGGAGUGGAGCAGGGACGUUUACAUCCGCCAGUGACGUCUGCCCUCUUGCGUGUUUGUUCUUGUUUUUUUUGAAGUCUUGUGUGACACCAUCGUCAGACUAAACCUCCGGGGUCUACAUUGCAGUCAGAUGUGAUCUGUCUUGUAUACUCUGUAUUGCUGUUGCUUGAAUAGCAAUAGCGUGAUUGAUAAGGAGCAUUAACGUACCUUUUUUUCCCUUUUGCAAGCGCUACGUAAGUUGGCCUCGUAUGGCUGCAGUGCCCCGGUUGUGUACUGGACUCUUCAAAAACUGUUUGGGAUAGCUGCCACUUGAACAAAAUCUGUUGCCACCCCGGUGGCUUUAGUAUGUUAAGAAACAUAGUUGAUGUUUUCAAAAAUGUAGUUAAUGUAUCCAGCAAGCCAGAAUUGGCCCAGAUAAAAGUGGAAUUUCCUGAUUCUCCAGAUUUUUAAUAUGUAGGCACCAGAUCUGCAUACUCAUUUAUCCACGGACCACUGUUUCUUGCUUGUACCUCUGGCUGACUAAAUUUGGGGACAGAUUCAGUCUUGCCUUACACAAAGGGGAUCAUAAAGUUAGAAUCUAUUUUCUAUGUACUAGUACUGUGUACUGUAUAGUUUGUAAAUGUUAUUUCUGCAAACACCUUCUUAUGAUAAUUAUAUAUAUAAUAUAUAAAUAUAUAUAUAUAUAUAUAUAUAUAUAUAUAUAUAUCAGUUUGAUCACACUAUUUUAGAGUCUUAAUGCCAAGUCAGCAGAUUUGCUUUAUGAAUUACAGGGACUAGAGAUGCCCACCUUCAGGAAAUUUGUUAUAUCGUCUAGACACCUACCCCCGUUCUCGUAGAAGGUCUGUACAUACUGUAAAUACGCGUGAUUGCUUGACUUGAUUUCUGAAUGUUUUACCAUCCUUGUAAGUUUAUAACUUUGACCAUAAAUUAUGGUAAAUAUAACCAAACUCCAAAGGUUGUUCUAAUCCAUGCAGUUCACACCGAUUGUGACAAACACGUUCUGAGUAGUUAGUGUCUUAUGUCGCUGCACUGGACUUGACGAGCCGGACCUCUCUGUGUGCAAGUGCGUCUGUGUGUAAGAGCGGUACGAGUGUGCACGAGUGACUGAGAUGGACCCGAGUGCCGAAGACUCGAGACUGAUGACCUAGAAUUCUACCCACCUGGCUUUGUAUUUAAUUGUGUUACGUGUCGCUUUAAUAAUCCGUUGAGCAGUCAGGGAAUGUGAGGAAGCUCGCUGCCAAAGGUGACUAGGAAGGCAUCCAUGUGCUGGCUCCUUGUGUUUGCUCCUAGAGUAAGAACACAGGCAACUUUUAACUGUGAGUGUUUCACUGGAAAUGUACAAUCUUUGUGUGUUUGAGUAUUUGUUUUAGUGAGAAAUGUUUACACAGCUUGUAGAAUUAUUUCGUGGGAAAAUAAAUUUUUCUAACUUCUCCCACCUCCUUUUGUAAACCUUGCCUAUCGUUCCUGUGGUCUAUCUCCCCCAGAUUUACCCUUCAUUCUGUUCCUUACCACCAACUCCAACACGUCCAGUGUCCGUCAAAACCCAGAAGUGCUUCUUACAACCAAAGUUUCUGCUCUUCAGAAGUAAUCAGGGCAAAAGGAGGGGACUUGAAGCGAACAAAACAUUAAGAGUAUCUUCCUAUGUUAGACACCUGCUCUGAAGGGGAGCCCGGAAGAUGCUGUUCUCCACGCGUCAAAGAUAGCACUGUCAGCAGCUCACAGUGUGGUUGCCACGCUAAGGCUAAAACCUUCUCCGUGUCACUUAUGUGUCCACUUUGUCCAGUUAUGACUGGACAGGUAAGACAGUAUUAGGUGUGCAAGUACCUAGCACCUGAAGUUUGUCCCUGGAAAAGGCCCAUCUAUAAUUGCCUAACUUCAGAUCUACACAUUGUAAAAUUAUUAUUAAGUGGGUUCAUCUAGUUUUGUUCUGCUUCUUUGAUUAUUCCAGGUUCUUGCCAAAUAUUCUUGGAGCUUUAUAUGUAAAACUGUUUCACAUUUAACUCCUUAUUUCCCUCCCUGCACAAAAAAACUCAGUUUUACAAAUGAGUUACACUUUAAGGGUUUUACUAAAACCCGCUAAUGGAAGAAACAUUUUCCUCAGAAUUAAUCUUUUUGUUAAUUAGCUCUGUACUGUUGACAAAUUUAUUUACUGAAGAUAAAAACGGUAGUCGUAAACAUUUUUGAUGUAAAAUAUCCGUAUCAUUGGGAAACCAUAUUCCAGUUACAGUUACCUGUAUAAAAUAUUUCUGAACUUUCAUCCCGGUUAAUGACUUUGGAAUAUUUAAAUUCUUGAAAUAUAACUGGUAUUUAUCUUACUUGCUGCUACCACUAAUCUUUCAAUGAGUCAUGCCAACAGAUUCCGGUUUUAAAAUUUGUAUCUGGAUUCUUAAUUUUUCACUUUACUGUGAAACAUAGUAGUCCAAAUCAGAGUAUUCCUCAAAAGAACUAUAUUGCAGGAUUUGACAUGAACAUCUAUAUGUGCAUAAACAGUGUGUUCUAAAUUUGUAAAUGAAGAAAUAAUCCCAAGGGCAAUGGGAGAUUUACUGACUUGUGGAAUGUAAAAUUAGUCUCUUCACUCAGCAAAGGCUUAAUCUUAACCUACUCAGUUGUAGAAUCAUGAUCUUUGUAGUCGACCUAGAAAAUGCUGGAAAUGUCCUUAAUAGUGUUUAUUGUCAAAUCCGUUUCAGUUUUUCCUAUGCUCUUUCUCUACUGCUCAUUUAAGUUACUGUUACAAAAAGGUGCUGCUAAAUGUAGGAUGUCUUAGUCAUACUGUACUUUGGGACAAUGCCACAUUUUUAACAUGGUCUGCUAUGCAUUCCUGUUAAACAUUCACUGUCAGCUACACUGAACUGUUCAACAAAUCUGGUUUAAAGUCAUUCAUAUAAAACAAAUAAAGAGCUGGCUUUCUGCACUGUU